AUGAAGAGGAAGCUGCUGCGCGGAUUCCUGUCGGAAAUUUCUGUCCGGUUGGUGCUGUUGAUCGUAUUCCUAGUGACGGAGCAGCUUCCACCGUUCUACCGUGAGAUCCAACCCGAGGAGAUGUGGCUGUAUAAGUUCCAUCGCGUGGAGAGAGACCACGUACCCACCACUCUUAUGUUUAGUGUAGCCGUUUUAACCCCAUUGAUUGUAAUCCUGGCUUUCACCCUCCUGCAUAAAUCAGAGCGUGGAGAUCUUAAAGAAGCCUCUUUGGCUGUGACUCUGACCCUGGUCCUCAAUGGAGUUUUCACUAAUGUCAUCAAACUAAUCGUUGGAAGGCCGCGACCGGACUUUUUCUACCGCUGUUUCCCAGACGGUCAGAUGAACUUGGAGUUGCGCUGCAGCGGUGACCCAGAUGUUGUCAUAGAAGGAAGAAAAAGCUUUCCCAGUGGACAUUCCUCCUUCGCCUUCGCCGGGUUGGGUUUCACAGCGCUGUACCUGGGAGGAAAGCUGCGCUGCUUCACGGCAGCAGGACAGGGCAGAGCAUGGCGGCUUUGUGCCUUCCUCGCCCCGUUACUCACUGCGACGGCCAUCGCCCUGUCCAGGACCUGCGACUACAAGCACCACUGGCAAGAUGUUUUGGUGGGUUCUCUGCUCGGCUUCGCCUUUGCCUGGCUCUGCUACAGACAGCACUUCCCUCCCCUUCAGGACCUGGACUGCUACAGGCCGCUGCGCCACAGAGAGACUGUUCCCACGGCACAGGAGCGCAAGCUGGCCAACUCCAACUACAUCCUGCCGCUGUAA